AUGCUGUCUCCAGAGCCCCCAGCAUUCAUCAACCAGCAUGCUCUGCAUGCUCAGCAGCCAGAACAACCCACCCUCUUCAUCACUCAGCAUGAACACCAUGUCCAGCCCCCAGGACCACAGUUCAUGGCCUCACCCUCACUGGACAGUGAGGAUGAUCACAGUGCAUCAGACUACAACCCAGAGCCCAACAGUCCAGCAAGCAUUGCAUGCACUGAUGACAUGGAGGUGGAUGAGGAGCAGGCAGAGGAAGCAGUGUCAGACAAGGGCAAGGGCAGAGACCCACUGCGCCACAAGAAGUACAAUGAGAAGCUGGCAAAGAAGCCAGCUGAGGAGUGGAUGGAGAUGACUGGUGGUGCAAUGUGCCAGUGGUGCAAGGAGAAGAACCUUCAGUGCCUCUUCAGCCUGACUGGAAAGUCUGUCAAGUGCAAGGCCUGCAUCAUGAGGCACAGGGGCUGUGUGCCUUGCAAGGUUGGCCCAUCCCAGAAGGUCAAAGCUGCCAACUCAGUUCUCAAUGCAGCUGCUGUUUGA